UCUAAACAAAAAUCCUAGCAAUUAUAUUUCAUUGCACUAAAACUCUUAAGACAAAACCCAAAUAAUCUCAUAAAGUAAGUGUUUAAAGCUGACUAUGACUUCGGUGAUUUAAAAUUCUGUUUCCAAAUUCCAGUUUAUGAGAUUUCAAUUUUUAAGUUUUUCAAAUAUUAUUUUAAGAUGAAUGAGUACUGGAGUUGAUUUGAAUCGCAGUCCAAAAAGAAUAAAAAAGUUAUGUUUAUUAGAAUGGAUAUGCUGACGUGGCAUAACAUUAUCGGCGAACUGACAUAAAUUCCCCGACCGAACGGAAUUUAACGUCAACUUGUAGAGUCCGGAAGUUUAAUGUCACUAGGUUUCUGUUUGGAGGAAGGUGGACCAAAUUUCAACAGGAAAAAAAUUAAUCCCUUAUUUGGAUAAUGAUGAUUGGAUAAACAUUAGAAAAAAAAAAAGGAAAACUAUUUAGAGAUCUUUUAUCCAAGCAAAAAUCUCUCAUAUGCAUAUCUACUGUUUCCAUCUCAUACAAAUUCUGGUUUAUACUUGGUAACUGUUUUUAAUUACCUUCGCCUAUUUAACCAAAAUACCAGAGUCAAGCUUGCAUUGCCGCUUCCUCUUGAUUUCGGUUGACCACAAGAAAGCUUUUGAGGCCUUGGGGUAGCUUUUUGUUUUCAACAAUGGCGGAUUUAUCUCUUCCUCAUGACGCCCUGUUCCUUGGAUUUGACAGCUCUACUCAGUCGUUGAAGGCAACUGUUUUGGACUCCAAUCUCGUUAUUGUUGCUUCGGAGCUAGUUCACUUUGACUCUGAUUUGCCUCAUUACAAGACCAAGGAUGGAGUUUACAGAGACCCUUCUGUUAAUGGCAGAAUUGUUUCACCUACCGUAAUGUGGGUGGACGCUUUGGAUCUCAUUCUUCAAAGACUAUCUAAAUCUAAUUUGGAUUUUGGGAAAAUUGCUGCCGUUUCUGGUAGUGGACAGCAACAUGGCAGUGUUUAUUGGAAGAAUGGCAGUUCUUCGUUAUUAUCAUCAUUGGACCCCAAGAAGCCAUUAGCUGAUCAGCUUGGCAAUGCUUUUUCUAUUAAUGAGUCACCCAUAUGGAUGGACUGCAGCACCACAGCUCAGUGUAGAGAAAUAGAGAAAGCUGUUGGAGGUGCAUUGGAGUUGUCCAGAAUUACAGGUUCUCGUGCUUAUGAGAGAUUUACAGGACCACAAAUUCGGAAGAUAUUUGAGACACAGCCAGAACUUUAUAAGAAUACUGAGAGGAUCUCUCUUGUUAGCUCUUUCAUGGCAUGUCUACUUAUAGGGGCUUAUGCUUGCAUUGAUGAAACUGAUGGUGCAGGGAUGAAUUUGAUGGAUAUAAAGCAAAGGGCUUGGUCUAAAGUUGCAUUAGAGGCUACAGCUCCAGGUUUGGAGGAAAAGCUUGGAAAGCUAGCUCCUGCACACGCUAUUGCAGGUUCUAUAGCUUCCUAUUUUGUGGAGAGGUUUAACUUCAAUAAGAAUUGUCUGGUGGUUCAGUGGUCUGGAGACAAUCCUAACAGUUUAGCAGGUUUAACCCUAAACACACCUGGGGAUCUGGCAAUCAGUUUGGGCACCAGUGACACUGUCUUUGGGAUCACUAAGGAUCCGCAGCCUAGUUUAGAAGGGCAUGUUUUCCCAAAUCCUGUUGAUACAGAAGGCUACAUGGUAAUGUUGGUCUACAAAAAUGGGUCUCUGACGCGUGAAGAUGUACGAAAUCGCUAUGCUGAGAAAUCUUGGGAUGUAUUUAACAAAUUUCUGGAGCAAACUCCUCCACUAAAUGGUGGGAAGAUAGGUUUCUAUUACAAGGAGCAUGAGAUUCUUCCUCCUCUGCCAGUUGGCUUCCAUCACUACCUUCUUGAAAAUUUCACUGGAGAAACUCUGGAUGGCUUGAAUGAGCAAGAAGUGCUAGAAUUUGAUCCUCCUUCUGAGGUCCGUGCCUUGAUUGAGGGCCAGUUUCUCUCAAUGCGUGCUCAUGCAGAAAGAUUUGGAAUGCCUUCUCCUCCAAAGCGAUUCAUCGCUACUGGUGGAGCAUCGGCAAAUCAAGGCAUUCUCAGCUCAAUUGCAUCCAUUUUUGGCUGUGAUAUUUAUACGGUCCAAAGACCCGAUUCGGCUUCUCUAGGAGCUGCAUUAAGGGCUGCUCAUGGUUGGCUGUGCAGCAAAAAAGGCAGUUUUGUGCCAAUCUCAUCUAUGUACAAGGACAUGGACAAGACAUCCCUGCGCUGCAAGCUCUCAAUGGCUGCUGGAGACCAGAAUCUGGUUUCCAAGUAUGCAUUAUUGAUGAAGAAGAGAAUUGAACUAGAGAACCACCUUGUCCAAAAGUUGGGCCGUUGCUAGAAGUUAAAAUUAGUUUAAUGAGGUGUGAAAAGGGAUAAUGCCCAGUGACAGCUCUUUGAUAAAUGUCUACAAACAAUAAUAGUAUUGUUACAUUUCGUGAUUAAUAAAAGGUAUUAUCAUCUUCUCGGUUUAA